CAAGGCAGUUUCUCAUUAGACAUUCAGGACAGAAACAAUUAUUGAAAAACAGCUAGGAUUGUUUUCCUCAAAUCCAUAUUAGCGGAACGCUCUUUUUAAAGUUUAUUUAGUUCAACUCGUGAAUAGACAUAACACACAUCUUCGUUUUCAUUACAAUUUCUAUUUGGCUUUUUGCGCACAAAUCUACAAUGGAAUUGGUCUGGUUGAUGUUCAUUGCAGUGAGUGUCGGCGCUUGGUUCGUGUCCGCGGAGAGGCAUAGCGUAUUUUGGAAUAGCACAAAUCCCAAGUUCCUGUGGGACGAGUACACGGUGGAGGUGCGCAUUAACGACUACCUGGACAUCGUGUGCCCCCACUACCAGCGCGGCGAGGUGCCUUCCCAGGAGGCCGAGCGCUACGUGCUGUACAUGGUGGAGCGGGAGGACUACGAGGCCUGCCGCUCGCAGUCCGUCAGCCAGCUUCGCUGGGAGUGCUCGCACCCCUUCGCCGCCCACGCCCCCGAGAAGUUCUCCGAGAAGUUCCAGCGCUUCACUCCCUUCACCCUCGGCAAGGAGUUCCGGCAGGGAGAGAGCUACUACUACAUCUCCAAACCCCUCCACCACCACGGGCAGGAAUGCAUGCGACUGAAGGUGACCGUCGUUGGGCCGAAAGGGUCGGAGGAAACCAAGGUGCGCGGAGGACCCGAAGGAGGAACAGGUGGAGGAGGAGUGCACGUUUCAUCCAACAGACUUCCUGCAGAUGACCCUGCAGUGAAUUCUCCAGAAGUGCAGAAAAGUGUGGGAACAGGUUCUGCAGUGCAGCUGGCUUCAAUGUCUGCCCUUUUGACAUUGGUACCAGUCUUGCUGUCAUUAUUAUUGCAAUGAAAUUGCGAAAAAAAGAACUACAAAUCCCAGAGACAUUUUACAGGGAAACUGGACUACAUUGACGGAGGUCUGUGGUGGACCUGGCAAUGCAUAAACAAUCUUCAAGGCCAAUGCUGGACAUUGGUGAAGUGGAGUGGAAAAAAGCUUUUUUUUUAAAAGACACAUUUUUUUAUACAAGUGUGAACAGAAUGUUUUGUCGUGUGAUUUGAGUUGCGUUUUGUGAGAUUGAAUGGAUUCUUUUUUUUUAAAAAGGACAUCAGUGUAUUUUCUUGGAAGGAUCUCUUAUUUUUCCCGUGUUUUUAAGUGGAUAAUUUCCCCCUUUGCCCUCUCUUUUUCUUCUUGUUGCUUCGACUAAGCUGGAACUAAACUCAAACUCAAAAGAAUGAACUGGAGAAAAUAACUGGAAUAACUGAAAGGUGGAAACAGAAAAGAACUAGAAUUUUAAUUUCUCUCAAUGCUAUAUAUAAGAUCUAUUUUUCACAUAAUCGUCUAACCUUUUGAGCCAAAGACUACAGUGAUCAUCUCACAAAUGUGUAAUUUUCAAACCCUACAUACUGUACAUACAGUAUAUAUGCACAUAGUGUAUAAGUUCUCUAAUGCUGAAUCUUGUCAAUCUCAAUGUAGCAUUCAAAUAAUGAGCUUUUCUUGUAACAACUGGACACUGUGUUACUCAGUAAACACACUACACUACAUCUGUUUCAGGUGUACACAGCAGAGACAGACAUGGGAUGUUGUGUUGCGCAGUGCACACAUAAGAUAGACUAACUGGUACAGAACAGGCAGAUCAGACUGUUGGUGUACAAAGCACGUUGUUUUUAAAAAAUGUUUAUGAAUAUUGCACCACCGUUUUACAAGAAAAAAGUUGUCCUAUGACUGUUCUGUUUUGUUUUUGUCGUGGUUUUUAAUGGUGUUUGUGUUUGAAAAAUGAAAUUGUUUACCGUUAGUAAGGCGACGUGUGGAAGGAGAGCUUCGAGGCCGUGUGAGUGAGAGAACUAGAGAACAAAAUGCUUUCAUGCAGAAUUAUACUGUGAGCCGUUUAUCUGUGGCUGAGGGGAGCUGGACUUCUCCUGCUGUAGGGCCUCUUCACCCAGUAUGGAUUAUUGCUCAAAUGAGACGCCUAGCCAAAAGACUAAAACACCAUAGAAUUGAAAGUGACACCCCAUGUAUUUGCCCAUACAGUAUUUAUGAGGAAUAGGACCUGGUGCACAGAACUAAAGUCACCCGAUCAGCUAUAUGACAGAACCCACGAAGGGGUUUUAUUUGAGUGACAGGCGCAAGAGUACCUGACUAAUACUCUUGGGUUAAUAAUGUCUUUUUUUUUUUGGUUGUUUGUUUUGUGUUAUCUUGUACAUGUGUAUGUAAAAUGUAAAAUGUGUACAUAUAGAAGAUUAUAUAAAAUGCAUAGAUUUGUUAAAAACAAAAAUAUGAAAAAAAAUUAUCACAUGAAAUAAAAAUGUUUAAAACAUUUAAAAA